AUGAAGACUAAAGAAUUUGUACCGUCUUCAAAAAUGAGGACUUCCUCUUCAGUAAAUGAUUCGCCACUUUCCAAAACAUGGCAAUCGCCAUUGUUUUCGACGAAGACGAGAAAGCUUCGCUUACACACCUUUGAAUUACAACACGGUCCUCCUGCUCAUCAAGUCGAUCUUCAUCAACAGUCUCGAGUAUCAGUUUGUUUUUCCAACUUUUUCAUCUGGGCAUUUUGGUAUUUGCAAUGCUUUGGUAGUUGGUCUAACUCCGAGUUUGACUACAUGUGCACUGAAGCCUUCGCAAAAUGUACUUCCACCCUACGUCAUGGCCUUCGUACUACGCCACCAGCUUCUCCUCCGUUUUGCAUGCUAGAAAUGCAUAUUCCACUCUACUACUCUGACGUUUAUGCAGGAAUGGGAAAGACUCAGGCAGUACAUAAUUCUCAUAUGAGAAUGGUGGAUGAUGUUGUCAACGUUGACGAUGUCAGUACUAGGGAAAUCAACACUUCUUCUGUAUACAUAACAUGCGAGAAAGGGGAGUGUAAGUUUUGUCGUCCAAAUGUAAUAUUCAAUGCACUUGGUUUGCAUUUUAUUGAAACGAUUAUUCAAAAAAAAAUGACAAAUGGAAAAAUAUUUCUUCAUUUCUUAUCUACAUCUUUUCAUCGAGACAAAUCCACACAUUUCUUGGUUAUCUUGCCACAUGUUAUGCAAUUUCUAUUUUCUGAUGUAAUUGUGGUGUAA